AUGUUACGAUUAAUGCGAUAUGUAUUUAUCCUUAUCCUAUUGAAAAUAUCUUCCAGUCAUAGCGUCCAAACAUCAAAUAGUUGUGUAUUUGCCAAUGUCAUAUAUUCACUGUAUGAAAACAUAUUUCAGUCGACAACCAAUACUUCUUUAACAAUUUUUCCUCUCUAUUCAUUGAAUAAUCUAUCAUUGAAUAAACCACUUCAGGCAGGUUUGAUUUAUAAAUUAUCAGAUACACAAUUAGUCCCUGUGCCUCUCGUAUUCGAAUGUAUAAAUCCAACUACAAACAACAUACACUUUUAUGAAGCAUUAGAAUGUGAAUUUACAAUUCUUGAUCGUGCUAUUAUAUCGUCCUAUUCUCGAACGAUAAAAUCAAUUUUAUCCGAGCCUACUCGUACAAAAAUAAUGACAUUAAAUUUUCAGACACCUCUCGGUCCAUUAUCGGGUGCCUAUUUUAAGCAGUCAGAUAUAAUUAUUCGUCAUUGUGUAUUAAAACCGGUUAAUUCGACAACAGAUAAUUUAAUUACAAACAAUACAUUUGAUUUAAAAUUAAAUUUUGAACAAAAAAUUAAUUCACCAUGCAUCACCAAUCACUGUACACAUUCAAAACUUUAUCAUUGUAAUAAAAAUAAUUCAAAAUGUGAAUGUCAAAUAAAUGUUGAACAAUUUCAACAUGUAUGUGUUGAAACGGAAAUAAAGACAAAUUGUACAUUGACACCCGAAAGAUGUUUGAAAAUAUGCCGAAAUAAAUAUUCGUUUGAUCCUGAUUGCAUCUGUCCAGAUGGUAUAACAAAAACAAUACAUUAUAUAAAUAACAAUUCGUUACCAAUUUAUCGAUGUGAACUUCUGAUGUUGUCAGAUUGUGAUGAAAAUUAUUAUCAUUGUCCAUUCGACUACAUUUGUCAAAACGGACAGUGUAUUAAUAAUAAUGUAGUCAUCGUUGGUGAGCAACGACAAUUUAUUCCACAGUUAGCUUUAUCGUUACUAUUAAUAGCAUUAUUAAUCGGUGCAAUUCUAACUAUUGUUUGUCUAAUUAUUUGUCUAUUAAAAAUGCGUUUAAUGAAAUCAGUCAAAUUUGUUCGAUCAACAAUGACAUAUUUACCAUCAUCAUCGUCUUCCACACGGAGAACAACAAUAAACUCUUGUUCAACAUUAUCGACAAAUUCAUCAUCGUCACCCUGUUCAACAAUUUCUUCAAGUUCAAAAUCAUUACAAUUAGAAAAGUGUACAAAAAUUCAAUUAAUAAAAGAAUAA